UAGGUCGCUGUUGUCACACUUAAUAGAGUCCCCCGCAUGAGCAGGAAGCAGAACCUUAUUAGACGGACCAUAACUAUGCAAUUAGGAAAAAUGGCCUUCCGACGUGUGAGAUUCUUUGAUUUAUAGCAGUACAUAGCAAAAGAACUGUACAUGAUUUUUACAUUAAGAGGAACAAGACGCUUUUUUCCCCGGGACAGAUUAGACUUUACGCGUCUAUUAACUGCGGAUACAAAAUGAUCCAUCAUCUCGGACGCUAGGCUGUUAUUUGCUGCUGCCAAAGUUUACUGUAAAGAAUAAUUCGUAACAUGAGUUCUGCGUUAGAAGAAAAGGAACUUCAGGAGAGAUUGAGAGAAGCGGCUGCUUUGGGGGACCUCGAAGAAGUCCAGCGAUUGGUGGAGUUCGGGGUGAACGUGAAUUCUCAAAAUGAAAUCAACGGCUGGACCUGCUUGCAUUGGGCCUGCAAACGGAAUCAUGCUCAGGUGGUAUCAUACCUGCUCGAAGCUGGUGCUGAUAAGGACAUUCUCACAGUUAAAGAAGAAAGGCCAGACCAGCUGACAUCAAAGAGGGAAAUAAGGAAGAUGCUGGGAGUGAAAGAUGAUGAUGAGCUUCUGGAUGUGAAGAAAGAUACUGCCCUGCCCAUUGUCCCCAAUUAUUUGGCUCACCCACCUUUCCCAUAUGUUUAUAACUCCAUGAGUAGCAGCACUACCAGCACCUCAGCUUCGUCUUUGAAUGGAAGACUUUCCCCUACUUUGGAGCAGCACAAUGAAGACUGUCCAGUUUCUUUACCUCACAUUCAGACACUUGGCAAUGCCAUGGGACAACAAGACAGAUCUUCCCCGGUAGGGUCCAGUGGGGACACAGCCAGGGGAAUGGCUGUAGAGUGCACUGAGCCCAUCGUCCAAAAUGGCCAUGUUCGCCAGAUGCCUGUUCCUCCAAGCACGACAAUCUCCUCCCCAGCUGCAUCUAAACAGCCUGAAACUCAGCAACCCAAUGGCUCCUGUGCAGGACCUGUUCCAACCUUUCAACCCUUUUUCUUCACAGGAGCGUUCCCCUUUACAAAUAUGCAAGAACUGGUGCUCAAGGUCAGAGUUCAAAACCGUACACUGAAAGAGAAUGAUUUCAUUGAAAUUGAACUGGACCGACAAGAGCUGACGUACAGAGAACUGCUGAGAGUGAGCUGCUGUGAAUUGGGGGUUAACCCAGAACAUGUGGAAAAAAUACGGAAGCUUCCAAAUACAGUGUUAAGGAAGGACAAAGAUGUUUCAAGGCUUCAAGAUUUCCAAGAACUGGAGUUGGUUCUGACAAUGAGCGACAACGACUUUCUGUUUAGAAAUGCUGCACCAACGUUGACAGAAAGACCUUGUUACAAUAAGAAAGCAUCAAAACUGACAUACUAAUUGCUGAAAUAAAAUACCUGUCACUAGCAUUUAACCUAGGGGUUUUGUAAGGGCUAUAACAUCAAAUUAUACUUUACCUGUGGAGGUUACCUUUUGACCCAUUAAGUCUCCUUAUUUGAAAGCAAGUACAACUGAAGACUGUUGCACUUCUUUCAGGUGAUCUGUGCUUAGGAUGAGGAUCUCGGUACUUGUAGUGUCCGCCAUUAGCUUUGAAUAACCUGACACUCAAAUAAUGUGCUGAGGUAGAAUACUAAGCAGGGACAGACUGUGCACUCUCUGCAUGCAGCUGUGUUUCUUGAGAGGGAAUUAUUUCUCCCUAGAAUACUGCGGAGUUUGAAGCUCUCAGGGAAAGGCUUUAAAUGAAAUUGUUCUCAUAAUUGCUAUGGACGUAAAGGAGCAGGAGCACUCAUGUUGAAGGACAGAACCUGGGAGGCAGAAAAUGCUUGUAAUGAGACUCUUUAGCAUGCAGAGAUUCCUGGUAUUACUAAUGAGAGUUAAAUGUGCAAUGUGUGAAGAAUACACUAUUUUUAAAGAGAGAAGAAAGAACAGGGAAGGAAGAAAGAGUAGCCAGGGUUCUCAAGCAAUAGUGAGGUUGGCAUAGGAGUAUCAAGGUAGUUCUGAGUUAUGCUGAUAGGCCAUCCUUCUGGACCAUCAACACCGCAAACAGUAGUGGGGAUAGGUUUUGCCACUUGUACACGUCAAAGGAAGCGGCUAGUGUUAGAGUCAAGAUGUAGGUCAAGGGGAAGCUUGCCCUGCUGACCUCAUUGUUACUUAAAGAAGCAUGAGCAAGCUACUAAAGAGAUGGAAGACUGGAGCCCUCAGAGGUACAUUGUGGCCAGGGCUUGGGGAAAGUCAGCUUUUGAGGAGAAUGGCCCCAGAAUCCCCCAUCUAGCCUGGCCGUUGGCCGUGCUGCUGGGAGGAUUCUAGGAGCUGUAGAAGGAACUUUUCCAACAUCUGUCUGGGGUAUCAUAUACUAGACAAAACAUCUCCCACUGCCUGGUCCUUUUAAGAGCAAAGCUUGGGUAUCUGAUAGAAGCACACACUUUAAUUCAGCUGGUUUAAGACUCUUACAAGGUCACAAAACCAGCUGCAGUUUCUUCAAAAUGGUGCUCAGUUCAAACAUUUGAACAUAUUUACUGUAUUAUCCCAAACUGUAAAUAUGGUGUUGGACAAAACUAUUAGUGUGAGCUGUCAUGCUGACAUGAGAGUGCUUGUCAGCAAACAAUGUGGAAUGAUUGAUAAUAUCUGGUGGUGACUGAACAUUUUAAUUUUUAUUAUUAUUAUUUGUAUUCUGUUUCAGCUUCCUGAGGAGUAAGUAGAUUGGUAACUUGACUCCACAACCUGAAACCGCAAGUGGACUGAGCACAUUUUCUCUUAGCCUCUAGCCUUUAUCCUGUGUAUACUCUGGUCUUAAACUGUUAACCUGUUUAAGGGAAAUAAUCUUCUAGCAUUUUAAAUAGCAGAAUUAUUUUUCAUACCAAGAUAAAAAUCUUGGGAGUUUCUAUGCAUUUUUGAUAGAUGUGCUUGCAUUUCACAUAGGCAUGCCCUGCUUCUCCCCUCCUUGCUAGUUAAAAUCCUAUGCUGUCAAAUCCUAGAAUAAACAAUCUGGAAAGGCUUGGAACAUAACCUGUUUGAAUAAGUAAAUAAUAUAUAUAGUUUUAGGAUUCCAUAGUACUAAUGGAGAUACAGUAUGUCAUUUACUUUGGCUGUAGUUCAAUUAAUAUAGACUACAAGGUGGAAGGACUAUAGCGAGGCACUUGGAAAUUAGUAGAGAAAAGCAUUUAGCUGCUGAUUGCUAUGUCGCUGUGUCAGUGUUCCCCUUGCCUCUGGCUGGGGUAAAGGGAUCAUGGGCACUAAUAACAACCCUUAUCAGUGUUAUAGAAUUAAGAGAGGUCUGAAGUUUGAGAGGGGACACUGCCCAUUUUGGGGGUGGGGGGAAACUAUGUGCCAGAACCGACCAUCCUUGUGAACUUGUCCAGGACAGAACACUAAUCUUUGGGGCUGCUUCUGCUGAUGGAUCUGAAUGGCACACGAGGUGAUGAUUGUCUCCUUCCUUGUUGGAAAUUCCCUCUGGGUAGUUAGCGAGUCCAUCCCAAGUAAGUGAGGGUAGCCAUCCCACAGCUGCUUUUCUGUCUUAGCCACCUGUUAACCUUAAUGUGACAGAAGAAAAGAUGGAGAAGAUUCUUCCCUCUUACCCUUUUAACCUGUGUGCACAUUUUUCUCAGCUGUAGCUCCCCUCUGUUUCAACAGUCAAAGGAAGGAGAAGAAAUGUUAUAAUCUUGUAAUGAUCUUAGAACUGCAGGACUCCUAUGGGUCGAGUCCAGCCCUUACCAGGGAGGCACAGCGGGGGAAUCGAACUCCCAACCUCUGGCUCCACAGCCAGAUACCUAAACCACUGAGUUAUUUAGCAGCUCAUUGGGUUCAGCCAUGUUGUACCUCAAGAUUUCCUGUACUGUUUUGGGGAACAUGGCCAAUAUAUCUAAGAAGACUUCACUUAUUCUGUGAUAUUGGUAGCAGCUUCUGUGUUUCAGAGUGGCUCACAGACAGAACAUUUUAUUGACCAAGGCUAUGUAGAACAUAUUCCUCCAGACUUGUGGAGGAAAACUUUGUUAAAACUAUUUCAGAUCCUGUAAGUAAGAGGGUAGAAAGAGUGCUGUUCUGUAUAUUUACACAUAUAUUGCAGAUUUGAUUUUGAUUUCCCGAGCAGCCUAACUAUUUCUUAAGAAACACUGGGUAUGACGCUACUAGGUGCUUAAUAUUGUCUGGUAGGGUAAAGCAAUGGCUGGAAAAUCCACCUUUAAUAGUUUAUUAGGCCUCUUGUAUGCUGUGGAGUUUUCAGAUGUGAUCAUUCUCAAAUGUAAUUGUCUCCUCAACCAUUAUAUUGAGGAGGGCAGCUGGCAGCACUGCAGAUGUUAUUAGACUGCAGCUACAAUUGUCGGUCACCAUUGGUCAUGUUGGGUGGGGCUGAUGGGAAUGGCAGUCCACCAUCAUCUGGAAAGCUGUAUGUCCCCCUUGCUUGAGCUGUAUUUUCAUGUCCCAUACGAUAUUUUGUGAAGCAAAUUUAAUGUCAAAUGUCAUUUUGCUUCAGUGACCUAUGCUGGCCACAUGUCCCAGUCAGGCUAGAUCUUAAAAGAUGCACUGAAGAAUCACUGUGAUUAAUAUAAUUAAUUAACCACAGAAUUUUAAGAUGUGGUUUUAAAACCUGAGCUGUCCCUUAUGAAAGGGAAUUCAGAGCUGAUUGCAUUAUUAUCCAAUCAGUCUGCUCACACAACUGCUGAUUGAAGCAAUAUAUUUGAAAUUGGGUUUUCAAAAAAAAA